UCUAACUGGAGCGGAAUCGCUGCGGAUGACUCUCCAACACGCUGAAACAUUUCUCUCCGGUGUAAACAAGAAGAAGAAAAAAAAAAAGCGCACAAACACGUGGAUGAGAAACGAUCUCGGAUCAGCGGGACUAAACUGCGCGUUUCUGAGACGAACCAGGAGGCUGCGAUAAAACUGACACCUUUUUUUUUUGAUCAUUUUUGUUUAAAAUAAUUAAUGUUUUUGAUGGGCAACGACGUCAGCAGAAACUACAAGAGAAUUGAACCAGCUGCUCAGCGUCGUCACAGUCUUGGGUUCCUCCCAAACAAGUUGGUCUCAAUCAACCACAGACUAGGACACUCGGCUGUGUUUUCACGACCUGCUGUGGGACUUGAUGGCAGACCACCCACUUCCAAUAUCCCGCUGCCUCCUGAGGCAGACUCGAAGACGUCGCCCACCAAGACGAAUACUCUGGCUUUCAUCUCGGUCUUUCUGCCCGAGUUCCCACAGCGUAGGUUUCCUGGACCAGACCUUUACCAGGUCCAAGGAUUCAUAGCUAAAGGAUCGUUUGGACCCAUCUUGAAAGUAAAGGAUCUUUUUCAGGAGAAGAGCUACGCUGUUAAGGUUCUACCAAAGUCAGAGAUUAUGAAGCGUGGAGUUCUGGAGCAGACCAAAGAAGAAGUAAUUAUUCAGCGGCAGCUCAAACAUCCAUUCAUCCACAACCUGCAGGACUGCUGGCAGACAAAGCAGCAUCUCUUCAUUAUGUGCGAUUAUUGCGACGUGGGAGACUUGCAUACUUAUUGGUUACUGAAGGGGAAGUUUGAGGAAGAAGAGGUUCAGCUCUUUGCUGCAGAGUUGGGCAGUGCACUGGGAUUCCUACAUGACUUAGGGAUAGCACACAGGGACGUAAAGAUGGAGAACAUUCUUUUAAGUGAUCGUGGUCACCUUCGCCUGUCAGACUUUGGACUUUCCCGACGGCUAAAACGAGGAGGAAGAUUGUUCACCAUAUGUGGCACGAUCCAAUACAUGGCUCCUGAAGUUUUAAGGGGUGGUCCAUACAACCACGGUGCUGACUGGUGGUCUCUUGGCAUUUUGUUGUUCUCACUGGUGACAGGAGAGUUUCCAGUUCCUGCAGAGCCAGACCACAGAAGCAUGUUUAACAAAGUCAACGAUUUUCCUUAUGCCAUACCCAAGACCUCCAGUUCUGCUCUGACUUUUCUGCUCUCAGAGUUAUUGUGCAAGAAUCCAGCAAACCGGCUUCGUAACCUGGAGUGUUUUAAGAUGCAGGCCUUCUUCAGGGGCACUUCAUUCGACUCUCUUAUUCUUCAAAAGAAGCCUGUCAAAGUCAUCCUGGAGCUCAGGACUCAUCCCGACUGGGCAGCCAAAGCGAUAAGAGGCCUUUCAUUGGAGUAUUUAGAUCACUUUGACUGUGAUAGAAUCCUUCGCUCUCCCACAACUCCCACUGAACAGUCUCCCAGUCUGGUCGACAUGGACCUGAGCCCAGGCACAGAGCAGACAUGUGAAACAUAAGACUACUCUCUGACUUUGUGUCGGAAUAUAAGAGCUGACUGGAAAUGAGAUACUCUGCUGCAAAGUAUUUAUUUAAUAUUGUACAAUGAUUCCUUAUUCUGUAAAUUAACAGAUUUGUUUUCUACUCUCGUUCAACUUGGUUAAUUUUGCUUACAUAUGUAUAUGACAUUUUUUUUAGCAGAAUCAAGUAUGUUUCUUGUACUUAGAUUUAGAAAUAAAACUUUGGUUUUGUAAGACAGAAUACUUCCUUCCUUCCUCACACAACUGCUUUUUGAUUUAUAUUGAAUUUUAUCAAAAACAAGAGAGUUGCAUGACACUACCUGCUGAGAAAUACUUAGAACUAUAGUUUGACAAGAAAAUAUUGUAAAUAAGAGUAAGGCACAUAUUACAUCCCUAUUUUUUUGUUUUCUUAUUUAAAAAGAGUUUCUUACAAUCAUCUAUCACAUUUAUAUAUUGCAAUAAACUCCAAACAUUAAGCCUGCAUGAAUCAUCUAUAGGAUCAGAGACACCAGGGUUAGAAAAACUAGGAAGAGGAAACUAUUUGCUCCCUAACAUAAAUUGUCUUCAUACAAACGUUGCAUCUUGAAUACAUUAUGACCAACUUUCAGCCUUGUCUCGACCUAUUUAUAGGUUAAGAUGUGAACCCAUCUAGGACAGCCUUAAUAGGAAAGAAAAUUGAGGCCCAUAUAAAGUAUCAUCAUUAAAUGUUUUUAAUUAGGUAAUAGAGAGGAGGGGAAAAAAAUGUCCCUGUGGAGACAGUCACGUAUAAUUGCCAUACUUGUUGAAGCCAUGCAUCUAUUUAAAGCUGUAUCUCCUGAAUGGGAGUGCACAAGCUCCUCCUCCUCCCGCUGCCUCCUGACAUUGGAUCCCUCUCAGGCCCUUGUCUUAGACAGGUCCAUCAUGUCUGAGUUGUGCCUGUGUGAUGACAGGCAGUCCAGUGACCCAUAUCUGUUGUCAGAGGCACACUGACACACAAUGAUGAAGAGAGAAGUCCCUGGAAAUAACGCUGAGCUGCCCUAAUACAUUUUACCAAAUCACUGUAUGCCUCCCUUGAUUCAAACGUAUUGACCAGGUGUGGUGUCAUCCUUGCCUUUGUUGGACACGCCCCUCACCUCCAUGUUGGUGCUCAUUGGUCUGGCCAACAAACUUAACCAGUCAACCUUUGCAGGUGCCUUAUUGUCUGAUAUAUAUAAAUACAUGUGGAUGUAUUUGAUUAUGUAUCGUUAAGUAUAUUUUUAACUUUUUUAAAUUUUGUUAUCUUUUUCUCAAUUUCCUACCUCCCCUAUUUAAAUGUUGUUUGCAACGUGUUUCUUGAUGACCUUGAUGAAGGCCAGAAGUCGAAACACGUCGGUCUCAUUUGUUAAUAAAGUUGAU